AGUAGUAGUUUUAAUGGAGUAUAAACAACGAAGCAAUAUCUUUUCAGUUGGAUUAUCAAUGAUGGAUUUCCCCACUCAUAUCCUACUUGUUUUCUCAUCUUUAUUGAUAGGAGUAUCCUGUCGAGUUUGUUACGAUGAUCUUGGAUGCUUCGAUACAUCAUUGGCCUGUCACUGGAGAAACCCAGAUUCUCCUGCAUCGAUCGGGACCACAUUCACGCUUUACACCAGGCAGAAUAGAUACACAGGAGAUUCCUUGGAUCGUACGAACUAUGCCACGAUCUCGUCGUCGUCCUUCAGGGCGAGUCGUGACACCAAACUCAUCGUUCACGGUUGGACGGAUAGCAUGACCGGAAGUAGCUGGACAACCAUGCGAGACGCCCUCCUUGAUAACUACGACGUCAACGUUGUAAUGGUUGAUUGGUCAGACGGUGCAUUAAAGGGAUACACUCAAUCCAGAGCUAAUACUCGGGUCGUCGGCAGGGAGAUCGCUAAGCUAAUUGAAGCUUUCCAAGGUGCUGCUGGGGCUACAUUCGACUCCAUGCACAUCAUUGGACACAGCCUCGGGGCUCAUAUCGGGGGUUACGCCGGGGAGGCAUGCUCAGGAACCAUCGGCAGAGUAUCAGGAAUGGAUCCCGCGGGUCCAGAGUUUGGUGGUGAUCUCGACAACGCUUGUCGACUGGAUAGAUCAGACGCCCUCUUCGUCGAUGCUAUGCACACUGAUGGUGAAAUACUUCUUGGAGGUGGUGCAGGACUCAUGGAUGAGCUUGGACACCAAGACUUCUACCCGAACGGUGGGAUGGACAUGCCCGGUUGCCCUGUUCUUUCUGCCUCCUGCGAUCACAGCCGAGCCGUCGAAUACUACAUCGAGAGCAUCUGGUCAUCGUGUUCGUUCAGCUCUUCGAGGACCGCGUCGACGUGGGACGACAUCGACGAUGGGAGAUGGACAUCAUGCAGUAGCUGGAGCUGCCCCCAGAUGGGGUACCACGCUGACCUCAACAAAGGAACAGGGGCUUACUACCUCGAGACCAACGGGGACAAUCCUUACUGCCAGGGUUAAAGAGAUCAACGACAAGAAAGAGGGUACACUUUUAUUGCAAAGAUUUAAAAUAAAUUCACAUUGGCUGUGAAUAAUGACAAGGGCCCCGUUGUAUAAAAUUACCAUUAUGGCACCUUUGCCAUGCAAUGGUAACUUCCAUGGAAUCCUUGAUUCUGAUUGGCUGUUGAUCAUCGUUACCAUGGUAGCUACCAUUGGGUGGCAAAGAUACCAAAAGAGUAACUUUUAUUCAACAAUUGGAGCCCAGGCGACCAGCCGAACUUUGGAUUUAUUUUUAAUCCUAUAAGGAUUAACAUUGAAAAAUAUCGUUUAGCUUUAAUUUCAAAUCCUAAAGGAUUAAAUUGAUUUUAAAGGUUUGAUCUCGAAUGUAUACUUGUGAUAUAGGCUGCUCACACAAUAAAGUCAAACAUCAACAAAGGAACAGGGGCGAAAUGGGAAUUCCAUAGGUUAUACAUGGUAUAAGGGAAGUAAGAUUAUUGAUAGGGGAGGGGAGUGGGCCGCCCUCCAAAUGGGCUAGUAAAAUAGGGUAGUAAAGGGUUAAAAGGGGGACUAUGUAGGUACAAUAUUUAAAUGAUAUGUAACAAGGGAGCACUUCAUUAUCAUUCAUCGUCAAGAAACUCGUCAGAUCUUUAAAUUUUCCUUGAUUUUGAUUGACUGUGAAGCACUGUUUCUAUAUUAUGUUAAGUGUCGGAUAAAACAGGACUUGAAGGAUGUCUACAGAUCAUUUCAUGAAAUUAACCCCCCCCC